AUGGAAUCGACACAAUUGAACUGUCAAUGCAAAAUCAUGAUCAAGUGCUCAACAGCUCUCAGCCGAUCUUUGAAGAGUCUGCUCGCGUUUUUUAAACGAGAAAAUCCCCAAGCCAGUGUUGUUGCGGCGAUCGUCGCACAGUGUAACGCGCAGGCAGAUGUAGGUGAUAAAUACUAUGUGAACAAAUAUCCAACGAUGAAAGUUUUCGUCAAUGGGGAGCUUAUUCAGAAAGAAUACAGGUCGACGCGAUCGGUUGACGCUCUGACAGCCUUCGUCAAAUAUCAGUUGUCGACGGCGAUCAACGAGUUCACGAAUCAAGACCAGCUUACUGCCGCUAUGGACACUACGAAAAGAAAUGUGGUGGCAUGGGUGAAAAGAGGUGGAGAUGAGUACACGAAUCUCAAAAAAUUUUUUUUUCGCUCGCGAGAGGAAUGUGUUUUCUGGGUGGCAAACUGCAGGACGCUACACUGCUCACUCGCUGAGAAUACAGCUGUCCUUACUAUGAGCCUUACGAUCCGCAAGAGCAGAAGGUACAUUGUGCUGUUUUUCGGAGAACGCAACUCACUGCUAAAAUAA